UGCGAGUUAGUCGAAAAAUGAUAGAUGUCUCGUUAGUUUUUCUUGGAAUUAGCAUCACAAUUGGCUAUGGGAUCAACAUUUUUGCAGUGGCAACUCCGUGUUUCUAUGAGGAGAUAUAUUUCGACUCGACUGAAGACAAAAAUGCUACCAGAUGUCAUCGAUUGAACCCGUUUUCGGAUUUGGGAUUCUUAUUCGUUUUCCAAAGCAUAUUGAUCUACCUAACUAUUUUUUGCUACUGCAUCAUGAUCUGUGCUUACUGGUGGAUUUUCCAGGGAAUCCUCGUGAAAAAAUGCGGGUAUACUCGACAAAUACUCAUCGUGCUGUUCUAUAUCGUUUGGACGAUGGUUUUCAUUUUAAUACUCUCUAUGUUAAGCAUGUUUACAUGGGCCGCGACAGCGAACCUUAAUUCUGAGAACAACGAAUGGGCAUUUUUUGUUCUCUUUCCUGCUUUUCUUUUCAGCUUUUUAGCCGUCAUACUUGCUGAUGAUCUUUUACAAACAGGCGUGAGGAAUAUUGCCAAAAAAUUCCCUAACGAAUCUCUUCCACCAAGACUAAAGGGAAUGUAUCGCGAGUCAAACGUUGAGAAACGCCUAACAAGACUUGAAAAACGGUGCGAGUCGAAAUUUGAGCAACGUCUUUUACAUCUGGAGCAACUCAAUUCAAACCUUGAGCAGCGUCUGUCAGACCUAGAACAAGAUCUAUUCGACUCCCAGCAACUUGUUUCAGACUUUUGGCCUCAAACGGAUAUUAAGUACAAUAUAUUGAAGUAUACAUGACAUUUUAUGUAAUUCACUGUUAAGUUGUAUUUUGUUCAAUAAAUCUGAAAUCCGCCCAAGAA